AUGGAGGUUCUGGUUACUGAUGUCGUACAAGUGUUGGUUACUGAUGUCGUAGACGUGUUGGUUACUGAUGUCAUAGAAGUAUUAGUUACUGAUGUCGUAGACGUAGUGGUUACCGAUGUCGUAGACGUACUGGGUACUGAUGUCGUACAAGUGUUGGUUACUGGUGUCAUAGACGUAUUUGUUACUUAUGUCGUAGACGUAUUGGUUAUUGAUGUCGUAGACGUAUUGGCUAUUGAUGUCGUAGAAGUGUUGGCUAUUGAUGUCGUAGACGUAUUGGUUACUGAUGUUGUACGAGGGUUAUUUACUGAUGUCGUAGACGUGUUGGUUACUAAUGUCAUAGACGUAUUGGUUACUGAUGUCGUGGAAGAGUUGGUUAUUGAUGUCAUAGACGUAUUGGUUACUGAUGUCGUAGACGUGUUGGUUACCGAUGUCGUAGACGUGUUGGUUACCGAUGUCGUAGAAGUGUUGGUUAUUGAUGUCGUAGAAGUGUUGGUUAUUGAUGCCGAAGAAGUGUUGGUUAUUGAUGUCGUAGACGUGUUGGUUACCGAUGUCAUAGACGUAUUGGUUAUUUAUGUCGUAGAAGUGUUGGUUACCGAUGUCAUAGACGUAUUGGUUAUUUAUGUCGUAGAAGUGUUGGUUAUUGAUGUCGUAGACGUGUUGGUUAUUGAUGUCGUAGACGUGUUGGUUAUUUAUGUCGUAGAAGUGUUGGUUAUUUAUGUCGUAGAAGUGUUGGUUACUGAUGUCGUACAAGUGUUGGUUACUGAUGUCAUAAACGUACUGGUUACUGAUGUCGUGGAAGUGUUGGUUAUUAAUACCCUACAAGUGUCAUAG